AAAUUCAUUUAGUUAAACGACAAGUUUUUGAACAACACGAACUGAUCUCUGUGAUCAUAUCAAAAGAAUGGCUACAAUUUGUGAGCUUGUCCAGUUGCCAGUUGGAAGUGAAUGUGGAAAAUGGACAAUUUUGAAGAAACUCGGAGAAGGCGCAUUUGGUGCAGUCUAUCUUGUCAGCCAAAAAGAAAAACCCAAGGUGGAAUACGCGUUGAAAGUUGAAGCAGAGUCGGAUCCAUUGGGCUUGCUGAAAAUGGAAGUGGCUGUGCUUUUGGAAGUGAAAAAGCAGAAAAUCGUUGGACGCCACUUUUUGGAGUUGGCUGACAGAGGAAACCUGCCACAAAAGUUCAAUUACAUGGUGAUGACGUUGGUUGGAAAAAGUUUGCAGGAUCUCCGCAAAACUGCUCCAUUCAACAAAUUCUCAAUGGGAACCGCCAUUUCUGUAGCCAGACAAUCAUUGGAAGCUGUUGAGGAUUUGCACAACAUUGGAUUCUUGCACCGAGACAUUAAACCAGGAAAUUAUACCAUCGGACGGAAGGAGAUGCACGAAUUGAGAAAGGUCUACAUGCUCGAUUUCGGAAUGGCACGCAAGUUUGCCCGUGAAGACGGAACUCUUCGCAAUCCACGUGCUCGUGCUGGAUUCCGUGGAACGGUGAAGUAUGCUCCAUUGGCUUGCCAUAUUCAACGUGAGCAGUGUCGCAAGGAUGACAUUGAAAGUUGGCUCUACAUGGUCGUUGAAAUGACAUGUGGACGUCUUCCCUGGCGUAAUCUGACUGAAAGUGAUGAUGUGGGAGUGUUCAAGAAGGAAUGUAAAACGACUCGUCUUAGGUGUCUGUUUGGAGGUUGUCCGCGUGAAUUCACUGAAGUUUUCCCGAUUCUUGACAAAGGAAAGUUCUUCGAUGCUCCGGAGUACACGACCAUCUACGAGCUCCUUGAAAAGGCAAUGGUUAACACCAAAUCGAACGAGUUUCCUUAUGAUUGGGAGUAGUCAAUAAAUAUUUUGAAUUAUU